GUCCGAAGAACAUUCUCCGGUCGCGGUAGUAGAACGCGGCGUAAAAAUAGGGCCAGCUGCGCUAUAGGAGACAGUCCGCUCUUUCCUUGAAAUUGCAAAAAUUACGCGUUCGUACUCUGAAGGAAGUCCGUGAGGAUGUGGUCGUUCCGGUGCCCUAUGGCGGCGACCUUUGCCUGUAUAGUGGUAUGUUUAGUGCCCGUUGGAUCUAUCAAAAUCGGCGGUAGCAGAAAAGCUAACGACCAAACGGCCGAGGCUUCCUGGAACUCAUGGGACGCUAUAGAUUUUGGUAACAACAACGACUUCUACACGCAGCAGUCGAUAUUACAAACGCACCCCUCCGGCACGAGGGGCGGCGGCCCUAUCAACUAUGGGCUUGCGCCGGCAUCGUCGGGGCCCAGAAAAAACAAACACGAACAUUUUCGUACGUCUUCUACCGCAGAGCUGAGGAAGCAUCCAGCAUGGUCGUCUCCGGACGAAUGUGCUCGAGCAUGCAGACAAGGAGAACCGCCCAGAAUAUGCUAUUAUCACUUUACGAUAGAAUAUUACACCGUGUUGGGAGCGGCGUGUCAAGUAUGUACCCCGAACGCCACCAACCCCAUUUGGUCGCACUGCCAGUGUAUCUUAGCUGACGGAGUCGAAAGAGGCAUCCUAGCAGUAAACAGGAUGCUUCCCGGCCCCAGCAUUCAAGUAUGCGAGAACGAUAAAGUGGUAAUCGACGUUGAAAAUCACAUGGAAGGGAUGGAGGUGACCAUUCACUGGCACGGGAUUUGGCAACGAGGUUCCCAAUAUUACGAUGGAGUACCCUUCGUAACGCAAUGUCCCAUUCCGCAGGGAAAUACUUUUAGAUAUCAAUGGAUAGCUGGAAACGCAGGUACCCACUUCUGGCACGCCCACACAGGUCUUCAAAAAAUGGACGGUAUUUACGGCAGCAUUGUAGUGCGACAGCCACCCAGCAUGGACCCAAACAGCAACCUGUACGAUUUCGAUUUAACCACUCACGUCAUGUUGAUUUCCGAUUGGAUGCAUGAAGAUGCCGCGGAAAGAUUCCCCGGAAGAUUGGCGGUAAACACAGGACAAGACCCCGAAUCAAUCUUGAUUAACGGAAAGGGCCAAUUCAGAGAUCCCAAUACCGGAUUUAUGACUAAUACUCCAUUGGAAAUUUUCACCAUUACUCCAGGGAAGAAAUACAGAUUCCGUCUCAUCAAUUCCUUCUGUACGGUUUGUCCAGCACAGCUGACCAUUCAGGGGCACACCAUGACAGUAAUCGCAACUGAUGGCGAACCCGUACAUCCCGUACAGGUUAACACGAUUAUUUCUUUCUCUGGUGAACGUUACGAUUUCGUUAUCACUGCCGACCAACCCGUUGGUGCUUACUGGAUUCAAGUCAGAGGACUGGGCGAAUGCGGAAUCAGAAGAGUACAGCAACUUGCGAUUCUGAGGUACUACCAAGGACCUUACGAACCAUUUACUCAAGCUCCAACCUACGAUUUCGGUAUACCGCAGGGUGUGGUACUUAACCCGUUGGAUGCUAUAUGCAAUGAAUCGAGGGCAGAUGCUGUUUGCAUCAGUCAACUGAAAAAUGCAAGAGAAGUGGACAGGGGACUGCUGACCGAUACACCAAAUGUAAAAAUCUUUUUGCCAUUCAGGUUUCACGUCUACACUCCGGACGAUCUGUUUGCCCCAAAAUCCUACAACAGACACUUGGUGGCUCCGAACGGCGACCACAUCAUAAGUUUGAUCGAUGAAAUUUCGGAUCUGACUCCACCAGCACCCCUUAUAUCGCAGUACGACGACAUCGAUCCUGAACAGUUUUGCAACGGUGAUAACAGACCGCCCGAUUGCGGACCAAACUGCAUGUGUACCCACAAAAUCGAUAUUCCACUUAACGCCGUAGUAGAAGUGGUACUGGUCGACGAAGUACAACAACCGAACUUGUCUCACCCAUUCCAUCUUCACGGCUACGCGUUCAACGUAGUCGGUAUUGGCAGAUCGCCCGACCAGAACGUCAAAAAAAUCAACUUGAAACACGCGUUGGACUUAGAUAGACAAGGUUUGCUGCACCGUCACUUCAACUUACCGCCCAGCAAAGACACCAUCGCCGUUCCGAAUAACGGUUACGUAAUUCUGAGGUUUAGGGCUGACAAUCCCGGAUUUUGGUUCUUCCACUGUCACUUCUUGUUCCACAUUGUUAUAGGUAUGAGCCUGAUAUUGCAGGUGGGUACCCAGGCUGAUCUGCCGCCGAUACCACCCGGUUUCCCUACGUGCGGUGAUCACGUACCCGAGGUCCCAUUAGAUCCAGCUCAAGUUUACUAGGCUCUUAUCCAAAUUUAGGACUUAUUUUUCUCUUUAACUUUGGUUAGUACCACGAUAUUUGGUUUCCGUCAUUUUCAGUGGACGCGAGACAGAAAAAAGUCUGUUCCGCAAAUUUAAACCAAAUUUUAUUUUCUAGUUCGAGCUAUUUUUGUUGAAAAUCCUUUUAAAUUCUUUUUAGUUUCGCAAGUGAAUCCGCUUGAAAUCAUAGAACGUAACUGAAGACAAUUUAUACCGGAAGUGUGCACUAUUAAUCAAUUUUUAUAAGGUAAUUAAAUGCUGAAAAUAGAAAAAUCAAUUUUAUUGUUAUUAGUCAUAUAUUUGUUUCCUUAUAGUCAAUUACAGCAGAAUGAAAUGAAAAAUAGUGAAUUAUAUUUUAGGUAAUUUUCGAGCUUUAAGAAUUAAUUGAUUGAUUUUAUUGUGUUAAUUUAAUCUUUAAAAGCAAUAUUGACAAAAAGCUUUUCGUUACAUUACUAUUACAAUAAGCUUACAAGGGGUUAUAACUUAUUUGAACUAAAAAAUAAUCCUAAAUUGACAUAUCCAAAGAACAUUUUUUUAGAAAACGCUUCCCCUUCAAUUUUGUUGUUUUCAUGGACUUUGAAUAAAAUAUAUGGCACUGUAAUUGUUAGUAAACAAGAUAACAAUGCUACUUUUUUGCGUGAUAGUUACGAUAUAACUAUAUUAAAACAACUUUAUGAAUAAAACGCAAAGUAAAUAAUAUGAUUAAACAUGAUUAAACGAUACAGCUGCCAAUUUUUGUUGUUAAUCUCUUUACCUGUUGUCACCAAUUUUAUCUGUUUGUUUAUUCAUUUUACUUCAUUAACUGUUUUUUAAUUUUUUUAACUAACCAAAACUAAUAUUUGAUUUCAAUUUGCGUGAAAUUGACAUUUAUAUAAGAAUUUAAUAAUUGAAACAAAUUGAAGCCACCCAAAUGCGGAAACCAAAUUUACUCAAAACCAAAUUUCAGUAUUUGAGUUACCUUUUACCAAAUCGACUUCAAAUUAAUCUUGCCAUUCUGAAUUUUAUAUUUUGGUACUACGUUAAUAUAACUGAUGGCAGUUUAAAUUCUCCCAGUUUCAAUACGAGGCAAACCCCUUCACCGUCAGUUAAAUUAACAAAAUUUUGUAUAUUUUUCUUAUUUAUGUAUAAUAUUUAUCUAUAUUUUAGCGACUUAAAAUCUAUGCAAACUUCUUGGGCAGUCCGAAUUUCGCAACGCAAGGGCCUGAGGCUUCAUUCAUUGUUUAUAUCCCAAAAAAUUUGCAUAAAUAUUAAGAGGCAUUAGAAAAUUUUCGCCAUAAUAAUUUAAGUAUUCCUACCUCUGUCUUCUCUCAAACCUUUCCCUAUUCUACAAUGACGUCCCAAACAAAUCUAACAGAAGCAGAAUCAAUUGACGCAUUCUAAUUCUAGCAGAUUUUGUUACGUGAAACUUUGUACUGGUGCUCGUUAAUGGAACCAUAAGGCUGCAAUAUGUAAUCGUCAUUGACACCAGAGAUUUCCUCUGGCCCGUGACAAGUGUUAUCCCUGGGAAGAUAUUGCGUCCUCGCUUGCCCAAACGAAAUUAUUGUUAAAACCUUUUCGAUUUCAUCAAAAGAAGUUUGCAAUUUCUUCCCACCAUAAAAAUAUCUUAUAUAGUUCUCUUAGUUUCUUUUAAAGCAAUGAAUUAGGAUAAGAUGUUGUAAAAAUGUAUAGAAAUGAUGCCUAUACGCAGUAUUGACAAGUGUUACCAUGUAUAGUUAUUAUAGGAUUGUACUAGUCUUCCGCAGUCUAUAAUAACUUUCAAAGAUUGGAAUGUUGUAGCAAUAAAAUGUAAUAUACAACGUAAUGGAAAAUAAAUAUUCAUAUUUAUGUA